UAUAACAACUGACUUAUUUGGUGGUGCAUUCAAGAAAAUUUAGUGUAAUAUAUUCGAAUGGACUUUGAUCUUUUCAUUAUUUAUAAGAAACGGGAGCCAACAUUGGUUACUGGCUAUAAAUAUGCAACAUCUUUACCUGCAGUUAAAUCUCAAGCUGAAGGAAAAGAAUGGAAAGGACAAUCUUCAAUAUGCGUUUUUUACUGCUUAUAUUUUUAGCCCCAUCAGUUUGGCCUGCAAGUUCAAGUUCUGCUCAUGAGAAGUUUUUGCAAUGUUUUUCAUCUCGUAUACAGCCUUCCAAUCCAGUUUCAGAAGUUAUCCUUACCAAAAAUAGCUCCGAUUACUCGUCCGUUCUCCGGUCAUCCAUUCGAAACUACAGAUUCUUGAACACUUCAAUUGUGAAACCUCAAUUUAUCAUCACUCCAUUUGAUGAGUCUCACAUUCAAGCAGCUAUUGUUUGUGCCAAGGAAUAUGGCAUGCAAAUAAGAGUCCGAAGUGGAGGUCACGACUACGAGGGCCUGUCUUUUGAGUCUUACCAAGAAUUUGUACUUGUUGAUCUAGCUAAACUUAGCUCCAUCAUUGUUGACAUCGAAAAUGAGACGGCAUGGAUUGGGGCCGGUGCAAGCAUAGGAGAGUUAUAUUACAAAAUUGCAGACAAAAGCAAGGUCCAUGGCUUCCCUGCAGGCAGUUGUCCUACUGUAGGAGUUGGGGGACACUUUAGCGGAGGUGGAUUCGGUACCAUAUUCAGAAAGUAUGGCUUAGCAGCUGAUAAUGUUAUUGAUGCUCAGAUAGUUGAUGCCAAUGGAAGAAUUCUCGAUCGAGAAUCAAUGGGAGAAGAUCUUUUUUGGGCCAUUCGAGGAGGGGGGGCGGCUAGCUUUGGAGUAAUUUUCUCAUGGAAACUUAGAUUGGUUUCGGUCCCUCCAACUGUUACUGUUUUUAAUAUCAAAAGGACCUUAGAGCAAGGUGCAAGCAAUCUUCUUCAGAAGUGGCAAAGCAUUGGAGAUAAGUUCCAUGAAGACCUUUUCCUCCAUGCUGCCAUAGAAGUUGUUACCUCUAGCUCCAAUGGCAACAAGACUAUUGGAGUUUCCUUUGUGUCGUUGUUUCUGGGAAGGGCUGAAGAACUUCUACCAGUGAUGCAAGAUAGCUUUCCUGAGUUGGGCUUAAUGCGUGAAAACUGCAGCGAAAUGAGUUGGAUCCAAUCUAUCCUCUACUUUGGUGGUUUCUCACCAAGAGACUCCUUAGAUGUUCUGCUUAGCCGGACAGCUCAAUUUAAAGGAUUCUUCAAAGGAAAAUCGGAUUACGUGAAGGAACCUAUUUCAGAAACUGGUUUGGAAGGGCUGUACAGAAGGCUCCUUGAAGAGGAGGCAUCAAUGUUGAUCCUGACACCUUAUGGAGGAAGAAUGAGUGAGAUUUCGGACUCGGAGAUACCUUUUCCCCAUAGAAGUGGAAAUAUCUUCAAAAUCCAGUACCUUAUAACUUGGGAUGUGGAAGAGGAAACAGAGAGACAUCUAAAAUGGAUGAGAAGACUGUAUGCCUACAUGGCCCCAUAUGUUUCAAACUCGCCAAGAGCUGCCUAUCUCAACUAUAGAGAUCUUGAUUUGGGAAGGAAUAAUAAUGGAAAUACCAGCUUUGCAAAGGCAAGUGUUUGGGGCCUGAAAUAUUUUAAGAACAACUUUAAGAGACUAGUGCAGGUUAAGACCGCAACAGAUCCUUCCAAUUUCUUCAGGAAUGAACAAAGCAUUCCUGUGCUUCCAUCAUGGAGGCAAAGAAAGAUGAACCUGAAAUAAAUUUACCAGGAUUUUGUGUAACAGCAGAAUAAAUAUUUGUAAUGGUCAAAAACCUCGAAGAACCACCAAAUCUAAAUCUAUUUUUUGCUUCCA